UUCCAUUAUUCACAAACGAUAUUCAUCAACACAAAAUACCUAGGGUUUGUAGGUGUGCGAAUUGAAAGAGGGCUGGGAGAUUUGCUGCAAUUGCUCGCGGAUAUGAACUACAUACAACACAACACCAUGAUCGCAUCAGAGCAUAAAGAUACUACGCAGGUGAACUGUGAGGCACCACCGAUAAGAUUCCUCCAGAACACGGGAUAUCCUCAACAUUUGCAUUACAACGGGGCGGCGAUCAAAAACUUUCAACCAGUUGGGGAUAAUGAAGAAUCUCCAGAAAAACCCUUUCAACACCAUGCGUCUGGCUCAAAUAAUAUGCGAAUGGGCAGAGUGAAUGGUUUCGAAGCCCAGUUUUAUCCUUAUUACUCAGUGGACAGCCGGUUCCAUUAUCCCCCAUUCAAUACAAUCCCUCAUCAUCAGCGUUACCCUUCCGGAUUCCAAUUCCAGGAUUUUCAGUAUUUUGUUGUCAUAGACUUUGAAGCUACCUGCGACAAGGGAAAGAAGCCUCACCCCCAAGAAAUUAUUGAGUUCCCAUCUGUGAUCGUGAAUAGCAUGACUGGCCAUCUCGAAUCCUCCUAUUUCCAGACCUAUGUGCGCCCAACAUGCAAUCGGAUUCUCAGUGAUUUUUGCAAGGAUUUGACUGGCAUCCAGCAAACUCAGGUGGAUCGAGGGGUUACUUUGAGUGAAGCUCUCCUUAUGCACGACGAAUGGCUGGAGAAGAAAGGGAUAAAGAAUUCCAAUUUUGCAGUGGUUACGUGGGGGAAUUGGGAUUGUAGAGUUAUGCUGGAAUCAGAAUGCCGGUAUAAGAAGAUCCCAAAGCCAUCAUAUUUCAACAGAUGGAUCAACUUAAAGGUUGCUUUCCACGAGGCUUUUGGAGCUGGAGUGAGGAGCAAUGAUCUGAAAGAGGCUGUCCAGCACGCUGGCUUGGGCUGGCAGGGUCGAGCUCACUGUGGUCUGGAUGAUGCCAAAAACACUGCCCGUCUACUUGCUUUAUUCAUGCGCAGUGGUAUUAAGCUUUCGAUUACAGAUUAUCUAAAUUAAUUUCUUUAAAUAGCUGCUCUACAUGUAUUGAUUAUGCUAUAGCUUGGUGGAUUAUCUACUCUGAUUAAAUAGUUGCUGUAAAUGUGAACAGCAGAAAUGAGGCCCUGUGAAUCUGUUGGCAGAUCUGCCAUCUGUGUAUUGCAGAAAUGAAGCCUGUGCUUAGACCUUUUUAGCUUCGAUAUGUUUAUUUGACUUGCAGGUGCCUUAUCACAUAAUGGUAUGCUUCAGCUUGGUAGUAGCCAAAUGGUGCUCAUUUGGGGCAGAACCAUCCAAAACUGGGAAGGGUGUAGAGGUAGGGGGGGUUUUGGGAGCAUGCUUGUGUGUUUAGUGAUAGCCUCAUAGCCUAAUGUAUCUAUCCUCUGAGGUGAGAGUGUCCCUGGCCCCAACCACUUGGGUGGAAUGGGGGGAUUUUGAAAAGGGAUCUAUGGCUUUGGAAAGGAAAAGACAUAGAAUAAAGAAAAAAAAAAGAAGAAAAAGGUGUGUUAGGGGUGAGUUGUGAAAAAAGGAAAGAGGGUGUUUGAGUACCAUUGCUUAAGGCUAGGAGCAAAAGGGUUCUCUUGAUAAAACAUAGUACGCUAUGCAAGUGAACUUUCCUAUGUCUUAAGGGUAGGGUGGUGUAAGGAAAACCAUCGCUCUCAUCACAUGCUUCCCAAGCCUGGUAGGUGGUGUGUUGGUGGGAUGGUCUGAGGGAGGCCAUUGCUCAGUUUACCGGUCGUGAAGACCCCCCGGACUAAAAUACAGAGCUCUGUACCGGAGGGGUUGGCUUGUAGACUGAGGGUGGUGUGUAGAAGUGGUUGGCCUUGGACAUCGGUCUCACCUUUUGGAGGAUGCAAGGUUGUGUUGGUUCUUACCUUUUUGGCUUGUUUGCUUGGAGAAUGGUUUGUGAGUGUUAGAGUGUCCCUUUUUUUUGGCCGGAUGGUAAUGCCCUUGUGGGCACUUGGUUGGUUUAUAUGCACGGCUGAUGUGCAUCAUUUUGUCAUAAGGCAUUUGUGCCUUUUUACAUAGUGUAGCUUAGGGCUUUAUU